GAUUUGUGCCGGCCGUUCCAUAGGUAUAUAUUUUAAAGCGUAUCGUGACAAAUGCAAAGAUAAAUUGCCCACGCCGCUGUCGGCAGUCACGUCGGGGUCGUCCAACUGAUACCAAGUCUGUAACUCCACCGCGAUCGUUCCGUCGGAAUAUGUUGCUUUUUCGUAACCGUGAACUGUUAGAUUACGCGUAUCUUACGUUGAACUUUAUGUGUACAUGAAUUAAGUGAUUUACUGUCGCAUUUAACUGUGCGUGAUUUCAGUAUCUGUGAUAUUAAGUGAAUAUUAUCAAUACCUAUGCCUAGUAAGAAGAAAAUUAAGUCUCCUCAACAAUUAUGGGAAAAUUUGUCGUCGAUAUUUGUUAAUUUUGUUGAGACGAUAUUCUUCAAUUUGGGAGUGUACGUUGGCAAACAUCCAUGGAGAACUGUUAUUUUAACAUGGAUUUUCGUCCUGGUGAGCUGCACGGGGCUAUUAAAAUUUUACAUAGAAAAGAAUCCUAUGAAGCUAUGGGUCCCGCCAGAAUCGGAUUUUUAUCAAGACACAAAUUGGUAUAUAGAUAAUUUUGGGACUAACUUUCGGCUUCAGAAUAUUCUAGUCACGGCAGAUAAUGUUCUCGAUUCUGAAGUUCUUAUGGUGGUUAGUAAUAUUACAAAUGAAAUAAAUUCUAUUCGAAUUAAACACAAAGAUGUAUUUUAUUCAGUGGAAGACUUGUGCUUUAAAAUACCUAAAGUAAAUAUAUUGAAUUCAAAUGGAAAAUCUAGAUCUGAGAAUGACGAGCAGACAGAGAAAAAAAAUUCAGACAGUAACGACUUUUCCGACCCCGGCCUGUGGGUGAGCGAUGAUUUCUAUUGUAGUUUUCUUAAAACGUUUCCGCUAACAUGCUUGCAAAACAACAUAUUAGAUUUAUGGGAGAAUGAUCCUGAAACAAUUAGAAACUUAACAAAACAUGAUAUUAUAACGAAAAUAAAUGAAGUCACAUACAACCCAACUACCGGUCACCCGGCUGAUUUUGCAAAAAUGUUGGGUGGCAUUGAAAGAGAUAAAAAUGGUUUAAUUGUAUCAGCAAAAUCACUUUUAAUAAACUGGUACAUGGAUGUUAAUAUGACUGCAGUAGAUUUGAACGAAGUCGGUAAUCUAGUGGGUACUGAAGACUGGGUGUCUAUUCAGCUAGCAGCAUGGGAGCAAGAAUUCAUAAACAACGUAGAAAACAUGAAUUAUGAAGACAUGAAUAUACGUCUGUAUUAUGAAGCUGGAAGAAGCUUUGCUGACGUUAGUGGUCAAGCCAUGUUUCAAGAGAUGGACAAACUAGCAUUGGGUAUUAUUUUGAUGUUUGUGUAUGUACUUAUAUCAGUGUCUCGCUUUAAUUGGCUAGAGGUUAGGGUUACGUUGGGUAGUGUUGGUUUACUGAAUGUUGGAAUGGCGUACGUUACUGCUGUGAGCUGGUGUUCGAUUUUAGGGAUUCCAUUUGGUCCCGUACAUUCUUCCUUGCCUUUCUUGUUAAUGGGGCUCGGUGUAGAUGAUAUGUUUGUGAUGAAUGCAUGUUGGAAAAUCGUCAUGUCUCAUGAUUCUCAUAAAAGUGUUCCUGUUAAAAUAGGUCUUAUGCUAAAACACGCCGGUGUGUCUAUCGUCAUCACCUCUUUCACGGAUAUUGUUGCCCUGUUAAUUGGUGCUAUCACUAUUCUUCCGUCGUUGAAAUCGUUUUGUAUGUAUGCCGCUAUGGGUGUAUUCUUCAUAUUUUGCUAUUCUGUUACGUUUUAUGUAGCAGUAUUUACCUUAGACUUAAAGAGAAUUGAAGCGAAAAGAAAUGGCUUCUUCUUUUGUUAUAAACAUAAAAAUGAAGUCGCGAUAUCUACAGAGAAAACUAUUUGUCAAAAACUAUUAGAAAGUUUUUACAAAAAUGUUGUGUUCACUAUUCCUGGAAAAACAAUAGUUAUAUUGUUUACCCUUAUUAUGUCUGGUGUAAGCAUAGAAGCUAUUCUGAAGUUAGAGCAAAGAUUUGACCCGAAGUGGUUUAUUCCUGAAGAUACAUAUUACAAAGACUUCAUUAAUAAACAUGAGCUUUACUACCCCGAUGAAGGUCAACCCGCAAUGGUUUUUAUGGGAAAGAUGAACUAUAGCGCUGAAUUUCCUAAUUUAUAUAACAUGGUGCAAAGGCUACGAAACGAAUCAUAUGUAACAGAUGUAAUAACUUGGGUAGAACAUUUUCACGGAUACGUAUUACAAAAUCAUGAUCGGGAUCUUAAAAAUGCUUCCGCCGUAUCACCAGAAGAUUUUAAUAAAUAUUUAUCGAGAUUUUUAUUUAGUUCCGUAGGUGGAAGGUUUCAAAUUAAUUUUAAAUUUUCGCAACCAUUAGAAUGUGGUUUUCCAGUGCCUGAAAUAAAUGCAUGUUCAAUGGCGUUCAGAUUUAUUAAGUUUAACGGUCCGGAUGAAUACAUUCCGGCGAUGAAUAAUGUAAAACAUAUCGUUAAAUCCGCAAAUAUAUCAACGGGAAACGGUUAUCGUUCCGUUUGGUCUAAAGCAUUCGCGAACUGGGUCACAGACGAGAUUAUAGCGGUUGAAGUAGAAAGAAACAUUGAACUAGCAUUGAUCUGUGUCAUGGUUUGCACUAUUAUAUUGAUAACGAAUUUGCAGAUGUGUUUAUGGAUUUUUAUAUGUGUACUGAUUACAAUUAUAAAUGUGUUGGGCUGGAUGCAGAGGUGGGGCAUGACGGUUGAUAUAGUUUGUUGUAUCGGUCUUGAACUUGCUAUUGGUUUAUGCGUCGAUUAUGCAGCUCAUGUAGGCCAUUCGUUCUUAACCUUCACUCAAGGUUCUCGACACGACAGGGCAUUCAAAACAGUGACGUCAAUAGGCACAGCUGUUUUGCUCGGCGGUGGUUCAACGAUGCUCUCUCUCUCCCUUCUGAGCAUGUCUAAAGCGUACACAUUCCAAUCAUUCUUUAAAAUAUUCCUCUUAGUGAUAUUGUUUGGCUUGUUUAGUGGGUUAUUAUUCUUACCAGUAGUGUUAUCAUUGAUAGGCCCAGCGGGUUACAAGAACCCGUCUGAUGAUAAUCACGGAAUCCCAGAAGCUGUAGAAUUGAAUGGCAAAUGUAAUGAUAAAGAGAAACAGAUAGAUGAUAGCUGAAAUACAUAGAUAAGUAGUAUUAGGUCACCAAUAUAAGUACAAUUGUGAUAUAGAAGUGUAUAGAGUUACUGAACAAAGUGAUUCUUGUAAGUAGAUCAUGUAUUUUUAGCAUAAGUAUGAUAAAGAUGUGUUCGUAUUAUUGAUUGUGUUAAAUGAAAGCAAGGGAUUAGUAAUAUUGAAAAGAUAAUACUAUCGUGAUAAGUUAUAAUCGGGUUCCUUAUUUUGUAUAUCGUGGAUACGGCUCAAUUUAAUAAUCUAAUUUAUAAGCUCCUAGUAAUAAUAUUAGUAUGAUGUGUAGUGUGAGCAUAAAUGUUUGUAAGAGCUCUCUCUAUUUGAAUUAUUUACAGCUGAAGAGACAAAGUUUUAAAAUAGAUUUUUUUUUAAUUAUAAAAAAUACGUGCGUUGGAUGUGUUAAAACAAUAUUCUGAAACUGUUAAUUCAUCAAAACGCUUGCUUAUCUUCUGUGUAAAUAAUAGUAUAUUACUGAUAUAGAAUUAAUUUAUACGGUUAUCUAAAUAAAUCUCUGUAAUUAUUAUUCUGUUUACGUAGAAUCGUGUAUUUGCCACGAUAGUGAUUACUUUUAUCAUUCAAUUUCCAUGAUAUUUCAGCUUCGUAUAUAAUUAUCGUAUAUGGUUUGUAACUAUAACUAUAAUUAUGGAAAGGUUUGAUAAUUAAUGUUAUCAAAUCUUUCCGUUGUACAGCCGAUGUAUUAUUAACAAUUUUAUUAUUAAAAUAGAAUUAUCGCAUGCUACCAUAAAUGAAUUAUAUUUUAUUGUAUUG